CUACUAGCAUAGAUUUUUGAGUCGUCAGCAAACGCAAACACAUCAUUUGCACUCACGUGGGUGCGCACGAGCCGUCACCCAACCCAUGGUUCAGCUUCUCAAGCCCUUCGAAUACAUCACGCCCUGAGUUGCAGCACAUAGCUCAAAAAGAAAAAAGGUAGAACAGCAUGCAAGAGCCUAGCACAUUGCUGUUGCUUCUAUUUCGGACCGCAUACCUCUACACUAUAAUUGUCUAUGCCGCGUGCGCAGCUCUGGGCUUCAAUGGUUCGUUGAUCGGUCUUGCAGCAACAACAGUACUCGCAGUUGGAUCAGAAAUAGCGUUCGUGUACAACGCAAGAGAAGAGAUGACUGACGAGAAAGAGCUGCGAUAUAUGGUCUGAUGAAUGCUAUUGAAACUAGAAAGAGCGAUCAGACCGCCAAAGAAUGUCAUUACCCACGCCGUGCAAGCAACUCUCUUCGUCAGAAUGUCUCUAUCAGCCUCUGAUGCGGAGUCUUCGUUCUCGAUCUUGGCACAUCGUCCCCGCAGCUCCAACGUCGUCUCGCCAUUCAGUCACCGAUGAGAAGACCAAACAAAACAAAGCCUGGAAGUAUGAAGGCUACAGUGGAUUCAGUGAGUGGAUGGCCUCGGAUGACGACUUCUUCAUUGUUCGACGCUUCGGGACCAUCAACGCUCGAGUGAUUCUAUGGAUGCAAAACCAGAUCGUGGAGAAGGAGAGAAAGCUAGCGGAGCUGCAUAAACGCAUGGAGGACAGAUCCGAGACGUCGCCAGAUGGCGAAGGGAUGAAUGACAGCUUCGACUGGGACAUAAAAAAUCUGCCUGAGAGGCACGAUCUGAUGCGCGGUUUAUCUGAUCAAUUGCUACAAUAUAACAGCUACAUCAACGCUUUCUCCAAAGUUCGCGCUCGCCCAGCUGCUGAAGCACGGCAAGUCCGCAAUCUCCAGAACUGGUCGCUCGAUGCUGAGGGCUUAGAUCGAGAAGUAAUAGAUCUGAGAGAGUUGGAGUUCGCCAAACAUAGGCACGACCUGAUAUCAAUCAGCUCACGUGAGCGUCCCCCGUUGGGCGAGUGGCUCGAGUCAUGCCAGAAGCUGCAACUUUCCAAGGUCUUUCGUGAGAAAGCCCAGAAUGGAAAACACGUAGUGUCCGCAGCUACGCAAUACACUAGCAAUGCGAGAUUUGAGUUGCUCACGAAAGGACUCAUCAUCACUGGAGGGCUAGUGAUGUUGCUGGCACCUAUCUGGUGGCUUGCAUUCGUCUCGGACACCAAAAAGCGGUUGGGUAUUAUCACUGCCUUCGUGUGCAUCUUUAUAUCAGUAAUGGCCACGGCGACCAAUAAACCCUUCGAGGCUGUCGCAGCGACGGCUGCGUAUGCUGCAGUGUUGAUGGUGUUCAUGCAGGUAGAACCAAAGGGGUAGCGCAUCCGGGUUUGUAAGUUGUAGUUGUACAAUAGAGUUGCAUCGUCGUUCGACUGGGUGGAGUCCUAACAUGUUAACAUGAGGGCACCUUACAUGGGAUGUCCGCUCCCACUCGGCUGCAGAACUACCACUGUGACUCUAAGGAGCGAUACUCAAAGGUUGAGAGAAAGAGAAAAGCUGGACAAAAAAGUAGGUGGCCUAUGAUAUCGUAAUUUGUGGGUGUUCGUGCUCUCGUCAUCUCUGCUUGCGCGUAUGUGUGCUGUCUUAGGUAUCUUCGAAACUUCCUGUCCUAGUAUGGGGUACGAAGUCAAUCUUCCGCAUGC